AUGCGUGGGCCGUGCCAGGCCGUGCCGUAUGUCUAGCUACAUUCUUAUUUAAGUUUCGCGCUUUUAUUUGGAUGAAUUUAAAUUAUUUUUAAUAAUGGACAAAAGUCUUUAUAACAAAGUAAUGAACGUUAUCAAAAGCUAUCACGGACUUUCGAAGGACUGCCUAACUCUUUGUAAAACUACAUUCCCAAGUAUUAGUCCGGACGCACUGAGCAGCAUUAUAAGUAAUGAAUACCAAAAACGAAUGAAAUACAAUUACAUAAAAACAUCAGAUACCAUAAACGGAUAUUACAAUUUAUAUCAAGACCGAUUAAAUCACUGUGAUCCACCCGGAAUCAUUGUGCAGUUGUCUAGGGAGAGUGGUAUAUGUCCUUGUUUGGUCGCUAAAUUAAUAUUACAAAAAUUUUACGGAGAGGACUCUUCAACACCUGACAGUGUAGGAAAAUUAAGUAGCAUAGUACAAACUUACAUGCGAGACACAAAUUUAAUCCCCGACCCUCGAUUGGCCUAUGAAACAUAUUUGUGUACGAUAUAUGAUGAUUUAUACAGUCCACUUGUGGAGAUCAUGAAGGCGAGUUUAGGGCAGGAAUAUGAAAUUAAGUUGUAUAGGGAGCUUUUAAGUUUAGGUUUAGCAUUCAGAGAUGAGGAACAUCUCAGGACAUACGGGUAUGAUAAAACUCCUGAUUUUAAAUUGGAGAUACCAGUCGCUGUAAAUGGGUUUAUUAUUAAUUGGGUGGAAAGCAAAGCUCUUUUUGCUAAUGAGGAAGUGCACGAAGAGUACUUUCGGCAUCAGUAUGGAAGUUAUUGCAACAGAUUCGGACCGGGACUGGUAAUAUACUGGUUUGGAUUUGUGGAAUCUGUGGUCCAAUCAAGUGAUCAUCAAGGAUUGUUAAUUAAAGACCACUUUCCCUCUGAUGUAGUUCACAUCCUCCCACCAAAAAGUCUGAGAGACAAUUAAAAACGUCAACAAUAUUGUGAUUUUAAAUAAGCAGAAGGAUAGUAUGAUACUAACAUUUUUUUUUAAUUAAAAAAGACGCCGUCCUUUAGCACUAUGUAAUUACUAAAUUGUACUUUACUCGUUAUUAAAGCUUAUUAUGAAGCAUGACUCAGCUAGCAGAUGAUGUUCAUGAUAUUUACUUUUA